AUGAACUGCCCCUCCCGAGUUGAUCCUGAGGCAUUGCCAAACGGAUGGAAUCAGCAGCCAAACCCGCUCUCGUUGGAUACCAAUGCAGAUGGCAACGGCAUUGUAAACCAGCGCUAUCACCGUGCCAGCCACCAGGAUACGUCUUCGGACAUGGCUCAGGCUAGCAGCUCGAAUUGUUGCAUCAGCCAAGGAGGUGAGCCCAAGCAACCAGCAAUUGCGCCAGCCAACGAGGGCGAACGGGCAGCAGAGGGAUAUCAAGAUAUCCCCCGCUGCUCGCAAGUUCUCCCAAAUAAUACAAACAACCAUUUUUAUCGCUCGAAAGCUCGAGCAAUAGCACGCAAAAUUGGUGACGGUGCUUGGAAGUUCUCCAAAUUCGUCGGACCUGGUUUCAUGGUGGCCGUGGCAUAUAUUGAUCCCGGGAAUUACUCGACGGAUGCUUCUGCCGGAGCGGCCUUUCAAUUUCGGCUUUUGUUUGUCGUGUUGCUCUCCAAUCUUAUAGCUGUUUACCUACAAGCGCUAUGUGUGAAGUUAGGCUCGGUGACAGGACUCAAUCUGGCUGAAAACAUCAAAGAACACUGUCCACCAUGGCUCAAUUAUCUCCUAUACUUCUUUGCAGAAGCUGCCAUCAUUGCCACCGAUAUUGCAGAGGUCAUAGGCACUGCCAUUUCCUUGAAUAUGCUCCUGCAUAUUCCCCUCAUUGCCGGCUGUGCGCUCUCAAUCUUUGAUGUUCUUGUCCUACUUGUGUUCUACCAGCCAUCUGGGUCAACUAUAGGCCUCCGCUUUUUUGAAGCGUUUGUGGCUCUGUUAGUCCUCGCCGUGACCAUCUGCUUUUGCAUUGAGUUAUCGUUGCUUAGGGACACAAGCAUUGGUGAAGUAUUUAGAGGCUAUUUACCGUCUUCCAGUCUCGUCCAGUCAGACGGACUAGUUCAAGCCUGUGGAAUACUCGGCGCCACAGUAAUGCCGCACAGUCUCUAUCUUGGUAGCGGUAUUGUCCAGCCUCGCCUUCGGGAAUACGACGAGAAACAUGGAACUUUCCCAAACGCCGAAGACGAGGAGAUCAAGUACCGGCCCAGUAUCGCCGCCAUCCGUUACUGUCUUUCGACUUCCAUCACAGAACUAGUGUUGAUUCUCUUUGUAAUUGCUUUAUUUGUCAAUAGCGCAAUUCUCAUUGUCUCUGGUGCCUGCCUCUACAACAUUGAUGGUGCCUCCAAUGCAUCUCUGUUUGAGGUGCAUGAUCUCCUAUCUAGCACAUUGACGCCCGCUGCGGGCACGUUGUUUGCUCUUGGAUUACUUUUCUCUGGCAUCGUGGCCGGUAUUGUAUGUACCAUUGCCGGACAGAUUGUGAGCGAGGGUCAAAUCAACUGGACUGUUCGGCCUUGGAUUCGAAGGCUUGUCACACGCUCAAUCUCCAUCAUACCAAGCAUCAUCAUUGCUGGAGCUGUUGGUAUGCAAGGCCUGACCAAUGCAUUGAACGGGACGCAAGUCGCACUCAGUGUGAUUCUCCCUUUUACUAGCGCACCGUUGAUCUGGUUUACAAGUCGCAAGUCGGUGAUGGUAGUGCGCAAUCCGUUGUCUUCGGAGGAGGUCUAUAUGCAGAACAAUAUCUUCACGAUCGCCAUCGGCGUUGUAAUUUGGCUAUUGAUAGCUGUGCUGAACGUUGCUCUGAUCGUGUUGACGGGGCUCGGCCAGAACUAG